AUGUCGCAGUUUGAGUCGUUUUUGGAGAAUUAUACUGGCGGGAAUUAUUUAGAUGGGGCUCCUUUCAAUGAAGAAACCGCGACAAUUGCAAAUACUAAACGGGAGAAUUUUGAUGAAUUAUUAAGUAAUUCUGUUGACAUUAAGAGACAGCUAUCACAGUCAUUCAGUGGCAGUAUUGGCGGUGGCGGAGGAGGCGGAGGAGGAGGCGGAGGAGGAAGCAUAGGCUGUGGUAGUGGUGGUGUUGGUGGUGGUAGUAGUAGCGGUGGUGGAAUAACCAAACCGCACUCAAGGCGCAAUUCGGGGUAUAUAAGGUCUCAAGAGGGAAGCGACGUAGAGGACAAGGACGACGAUGAUGCCGAUGAUAAGGAGCCAGGUCACGAAAGGAAACGAAGAGACAAUAUAAAUGACAAAAUCCAAGAACUUUUGACUUUGAUACCUAGUGAAUAUUUUGCCACAUCCAAGGGUGGUGGAGGAGAAACAGUAGGUGCCAACGAAAAGAGAGAUCUAAGCCCUAGCGAGAAAUCACCAAGUGAAGAAGAUAUAAACAACUCCGUUGGCAAAACUGGCACAAAGGAUGGAAAACCAAACAAGGGUCAAAUAUUGACAAAGGCCGUAGAGUAUUUGCAAUCUCUACAAAACACAAUCGAUGAGUACAACCGGAAGGAAGUAGAACUCAUUAUGAAACUAGAGACUUUAAAGUUGAGGCAAAAAAAUCGUGGUAAGAUCCCGGAAGGAAUUCCUAUACGAAUCGGAUACACCAGUGCCGAACGAGCUUUGGGAGAAAUUGGUGUAGGACCUUGCUCAGAAGAGUACUUCAAGAACAUAUUAGUGAAAAGCGCCAAUUCUAGUAAGUCUGGAAGAAAAAACAGCAGUUUGUAA